UCCUCUCUCCCCUCUCUCUCUAGCUUGCAAGAGCCGCAACGCACCCUUCUCUCUCUCCCCCCGUCUCGGCCUCUCGGGGUUUAACCCCUCCCCUAAUCCGCGAUCAACCAACCCCUCGCCGCCGAUCCCCUCGCUCUCUAACCCUCACCGAUCGAUUCCACCCCCAACAGGUCUCACCGGCGUCCGCGCUAGGGCUUGACCCGCGAUGCCGGCGGCGGCGCCGACGCCCAAGGCGGUGCUCCACCAGCGGUUCGGCGCGAAGGCGCGGUACACGGUGGAGGAGGUGCGGGAGGACAUGGGCGGGUGCCCGGGCCUCGCGCCGCAGACCAGGAGCGUAUACCGCUGCGCGCUCGACCUCCCAGGCCUCUCCGUGACCACCCCAGGCACCUUCCUCAGGAAGAAGGACGCCGAGCAGGCCGCCGCGCAGAUCGCGCUCGACAAGCUUGGUAUUCAACCCGCAACAAAUAUUCCCAGUACACCAGAAGAAGCGUGGGAUGAACUGAUCGCUCGCAUAUCUGGUUUCUUGGUAGACGAGAACUUCCUAUCAUCUUCUCAUCCUCUUGUUGGCCACUUGAGUGUGACUCUCCGAAGAACUGGGGACCUCAUUGGGAGGAUACCUAUGUCUGCUGUUGCAGCAUGUGAUAUGAAGGUCAAUACAUUGUGUAAAGUUAUUGACCCUAAGGCAGAAUUUGACCCUCUCUUGAUUUUGUCAUUAAUCUACAAUGCCGCGAAACAAUCUCCUGGUGUUUUCGUGAGUGACAACAACUUCUGGAUUCAGAGUCAAAAGCCCUAUUCUCUGGAGGCUGUUGACUUGGCACUUAAGCGCUGGUCUGAUAUGUCAGACCCCAUAGAAGUAGAAGCGAUUCUUGUUCCUUGUGUAUUGGAGGAUGAACCAAAGACAGUAAGAAUUAAUUUACAGCAUAACGAACAUUACAUGGGUUAUAUCGCAGCAAAGCUCUCAGUGAUUGAUUCCUCCCAUGUUCUUGUCUCGAGAACAAUUGGAAAAGCAUCCUCCGAGAUAAGGUUAUAUUUCGCAGCUCCAAACGUUCAAUUUGUUUCUGAUUUAUCAAAGAAUGUGCUUGCUUGUCAUGGAGAUGGCAACAUCAACUGCCAAGUAAAUAAGCGAGCUUCCUACAUUUCUGGUCAAACAAUUUAUGGAGAUGCGAUUUUGGCAAAUAUCGGAUAUACAAGGAGAGAUUCAGAACUUCACACUGAAGAUGUCAAUCUAUGUACCUAUUACAGGAUCCUUCUGGGCAAGUUACCUGAUGGAAAUUAUAAGAUGUCUAGGGACUCAAUUCUUGCAGCAGAGCUUCCAUCUGUAUACUCUCGUUCUAGUUGGAAAGGCCUCUGUCCACGAGAUCUCCUUUGUUCAUUCUGUCGCCUUCAGAGGCUACCAGAGCCCCAUUUUGCUGUCAGUAGGGUGAGCGCCUCCUGUGAAGUGGUAGGAUCAGCUGCGAGCUCUGAAGAAAGGGAAGUGCCAUUAAAGACUGUAGAAAAUCAGUACACAAAUGAUGUUAGGAUCAACAAGGAAAACCCGGAUAUGUUCAAAUGUAAGGUGAAAAUAUAUUCAAGGAAGCAGGAAAUUUUACUAGAGUAUUCUGCAGCUGACACUUCGAGCAAGGAAUCUGAUGCUAUUCAGAAUUCUGCAUUGAAGGUCUUGAUUUGGUUCAACAAUUAUUUCAAGCAACUAAAUACAAAGAUGGACAAUCCAUCUCUUUCUGAGUGCACUCACCACUUUAAGGUACAUCUGAAUAAUUUUAUGCAAGAGUUUGCAAUGUGCUUUUCUGUUUAUGGUAAGACUGGAGGCAAUGAUUCAAGAAUGUGCAGUGCAGUUGGACCUUCUUCUAUGGAUACACCAAAACAGCAGCUUGAAAACAGUGCAACUUUAACACACAUUGAGGGUCCAGAUUCUGGUGUUUUUCCAACCCACGGAUCAUUGACUUGCAUAAGUUACACUGCUUCCCUCGUGAUGAAGGAUGAAGCAAAGAUAUAUUUGUUGGAAAGCAACAAUGAGUUUGAGUUUGAGAUAGGGACGAGCGCUGUUAGUUAUCAGCUUGAAUCAUGUGUAACUCAGCUAUCAGUCAAUCAAACUGCAUGUUUUGUAGCUGAACCACCUCCUAGGGAUUUGAUCUUGGCUGCAGUUACUGAGUUCUCACAUGACCUUUCCAAGAUAUCUAGAGAGAGCUGCUUCCUGGAGUUCUCUGUAAAAGUUUUGCAGGUAACUGAACCAUUAGAAGAUAGAAUGGAGAAAGCUUUGUUCAGUCCUCCAUUAUCUAAACAAAGAGUUGAAUUUGCUGUCCGGCACAUCAACGAGCUGCAUGCUACCACACUUGUUGAUUUUGGCUGUGGAUCUGGUAGUCUUCUUGAUUCCCUGCUUGAGCAUUCAACAACACUUGAAAAGAUUGUCGGUGUUGAUAUUUCUCGAAAAGGCCUCACACGAGCAGCAAAGAGCCUUCACCAGAAGCUGAGCAAGAAAUCCUUGAUGCAGACUAGUGUUCCAUCAGCUGUGCUCUACGAUGGAUCAAUAACAGACUAUGAUUCUCGCUUAUAUGGGGUUGACAUUGGCACUUGUCUCGAGGUGAUCGAGCACAUGGAGGAGGACCAAGCAAGUUUAUUUGGCAACAUUGUCUUGAGCUCAUUCCGUCCGACGGUGCUCAUUGUUUCCACACCUAACUAUGAGUACAACCCAAUUCUCCAGAGGUCAGCUAUGCACAAGGAAGAUGAGCCAGAAGAAAACACUGGUCCUUGCAAGUUCCGAAACCAUGAUCACAAGUUUGAGUGGACAAGAGCGCAAUUCCAGUGCUGGGCUACUGAGCUCGCGGUGAAGCAUAACUACGGUGUGGAGUUCUGUGGAGUGGGCGGCUCGGGUGAGGAACCAGGCUACGCUUCCCAGAUUGCUGUCUUCAGAAAAAUGAAGCGGGACCAAGAAGAGAUCUGUCUGAACAACGAUCACGAUCAACCUUACGAGCUUCUCUGGGAAUGGCCUAACGCGUGAAUACCGUCCGAUUGAGUAUUGUAGGAAAUGCAGAACUCUUGGCCGUUCUUGUAUCUGAGGCGUGAAGAGAAGGUUGACACUAACCCUGUUAAGAACUUCUCCACCCUGAAUAAUGUGGAUUAGAUUGCUUCCCAUGUCCCCGAUGAUUUGAAAAACAAGCCCCCCGGCGAAGAACUAAACCAUCAGGCACCAGAUACUAGGGUUUGUCUA